UUCUCUGUUUCGAGCAUUACUUUGGUAGAUUAAUUUUGAUACAGUCGAUUUAUUUUAUUACUAGUACUGGCAGUCAUAUGGCUUCUCAAAGGACUUCAAGCAACCAAAAUCGAUCAGGAAGGAACCAAUCGGAGGGGUCCGAUAGACGGCAAACUGUUUUGACCCCCAAAAGUGACGCCCCCGAGCCUCCUUGGAAACAGCAGUUCAAGCCCUGCGAAGAGGAGGACUGUGGCGAGGGGUCGGAAGCUACGAUGCAUUGUGCCCACUGUGGCCACACUCUGUGCCAGAAGCACAGGGCGGAACACAUCAAAGGGGUGAUAGAUGAGCUAAAAAAUAUGAGACAGAUGACAGCUGACAGGCUUAAAAAGGGCAAGGACAGGAGGGGUAAAAUCAUGCGAGAACUGAAGUUUGUUGAGCACAGUCGAGCAAGAGCCAAGGCCCAGGUAGUGAACAAUUUCAGAGGCCAUAAACUAGCACUGGAAGAACAGAAGAAAAGUCUGAAUUCUCAACUGGCGGGUUUUGCCAAGCCCAAACUGAAAGGCCUUAAGGAUGACAGCAACGUUGUCGAAAAAUGCAUCAAAGAGUUGAAAAUCACAGAGAGCAGUUUUAAUGGACGACUUAGAAACUACAACCCUAUGAGCGAUCCCGAUUUCAGCAACCUGUGUCAGGAUCUAAUCAACUAUUCCAACCAAGUUAACUGGCUCAAAGAACUCAUAGCUAAGCCAGACAAAGUGAAGCCUUUGGUCUAUGAACCGGAUUCAAGUUUGUCUGAAGUUAUUUCUGGCUUCGGCAAGAUUGUGUUCCAAAGUGAGAAAGAGAAACAGUCCGAAAAUGAUGAAGAGGCGGGUCAGAACGGCAGUAUUGAAGAUGAGAAUGAACACAACAAUGAAUAAAAAUGGUUCCAACAUCAAAAACACAAUUGUCAUAAAAACAUGCCUUAUGGACCCUAAGCUCAGGGGAGAUUAAGCAGGGUGAGGGGCGCAUUCCAUCAGGAAUUGUGCACCUCCUCCGUCAAAAGGGUUACCCAUUUGGUCCUGUUUUAUGAUACUCAUUUUGGGCUGAUCAGCUCUUAAAUUGUUUUUACAAGUAGCCUUUCCACCAAUAUACACUAAAAUGAUACACCAGUCAAGAAACUCCUAGAUUCGCUCCUGAACGGAAAACAAUUUAUGACAAGAUUAACUGUUAAAA